UUUCGGUGUCUUCUCUUACGUCUUCUCUUACGUUUCCCCGGGGUAAGAUUCUCCGAGUCUCGUGGGUUUGUCAAAUGAGGGAAGUGGAUAGUCCGGGGGAAGGGUAGACGUAAUAAGCGGGGAGGAAGGCGGCGAUGUUCUUCUCUUCCUUGGCCGAGGAGGCAAAGGCAGAAAUAUGAGACAACCAGACAGCCAGACAGCCAGACCAGACACCAAGACAUCCGAGGCCAGACAACGGACAACACACACACCAAACACCAGAGCAAGGAACCGUAAAAGAAUGGGCCACCAGUCUUCUAGCCCGGAGACGGCAGACCCAGGCCGAAACGAGGGCGGUGCAGAUACGGUGCCGAUCCACAGAUAUGAGAGCGCCGCGGACGACGUUGUUUCCCUGGGCACCGUGAGCAAGGACCUACCUUCUCUGGCGCAGAGCACUAGACCCGCAGCAGUGACGGCCAGAUCAUCCUCCAAGGCGAAAACGAAAAGACGGUCGACGGACUCGAAGCAGGACACCGAAGGAGGCCCCGAGAAUGAGGGGGACGACGAGGAGGAGGAGGGGCAGGAGGAGACGUACCCAGAGGGAGGACUGCAAGCGUGGCUCGUGGUGUUGGGGUCAUGGCUCGCGCUGUUCUCGGCCAUGGGUCUCAUGAAUAGCUUGGCCACCUUCCAUGCUUACAUCGGGGAGCACCAGCUACGAGAGUACAGCCAUGGUGCCGUCGGGUGGAUCUUCUCCGUCUACACGUUCUUGUGCUUUUUCGGCGGCAUCUACAUCGGUCCCGUCUUUGACAAGUAUGGACCGCGGUGGCUCAUUCUGUCGGGGUCGCUGUGUGUGGUUGCUUCUCUCAUGCUAUUGAGCAUAUCUACUGAAUACUGGCACUUCAUGCUCUCUUUCGGCCUCCUGAACGGGAUUGGGGGCUCGCUCAUAUUCACCCCUUCCAUCGCGGCGGUGGGCCACUUCUUCCGCGACCGGCGCGGGCUGGCCACAGGGGUAGCGACCACGGGAGGUUCGCUCGGCGGCAUCAUGUUCCCGCUGGCGAUGCACGAGCUGUUCGGGCGCAUCGGCUGGGCGUGGACGGUGCGGGUGGUGGGGUUCAUCUGCGCCGGGUGCUUCGGCGUGGCCAACCUCCUGAUCCGGUCCCGGCUGCCGCCGGCGCGGGACGCGACGGCCCACCCGGACGUGCGGAUCCUGCGGGAGCCGGCGUUCGCGUUCACCACGGCGGGGGUGUUCCUCCUCGAGUUCGGGCUCUUCAUCCCGCUGACCUACAUCUCGAGCUUCAUGGUGUCGGCCGGGUUCGACGCCGACAUCUCGUACCGCAUCCUGCCGAUCCUCAACGCCGCCAGCGUCGUGGGCCGCGUCGUGGCCGGGUGGUGGGGGGACCUGUUCGGGGCGUACAACAGCAACAUCCUGUCGGUGGCGCUGACCAUCGUGGCGUGCCUGGCGGUGUGGCUGCCGUUCGGCGAGAGCUCGCUCGCGGCCAUGGUCAUCUUCGCCGUCAUGUUCGGGUUCGCGAGCGGCAACAACAUCAGCAUCAGCCCCGUGUGCAUCGGGCGGCUCUGCAAGACGCAGAACUACGGCCGCUACUACGCCACCACCUACACUGUGGUGUCGGUCGCGUGCUUGGUGGGCAUCCCCAUCGGCGGAGAGAUCAUCUCGGCUACCGGCGGGAAGUACUGGGGGGUGAUCAUCUUUACCGGAGCGAUGUACGCGGGAUCGCUUGCGGCUCUUUGGGCGGCCAAGGUGGUUUGCGUUGGGUGGAGAAUCCUGGCCAUAUUCUGAGGGGGUUGGCGUGCGUCGGUCUUGUUUCUACUCUGCGUCUGCUGUCUACAUGAGAACUGGUGGGCCUGUGGGCCUCUGCAGCCUAGACGGCUUGGGAAGAAGAGAGGGAAGAGGUGGCAGCUCAUAUAGCGGAAUGAGUUGGGUGAAAGUCCAGGAAUGAAAAUGAAAUGAAAAUGAAAAUAUUUAUGAGAGCAACUCAUCAAGGGGGGGCCGCUGAGCUGUCAUACAGCAACGAUUAGAAGUUGAGACUAUACAAGAGGCAAGUAAAAGUUAAGCUAGGC